GUGAACUAAUGGCACUCGCCGACUACACCGAUGUAGAUGCGUGGAUUCAGCGUCUUAUGAGCUGCAAGGAAUUACCUGAGAAUGAUGUCAAGAAGCUAUGUGAAAAGGCUCGCGAGGUAUUGAUGGCAGAAUCCAAUGUACAGGGCAUCCGUUGUCCAGUUACUGUUUGUGGUGAUAUCCAUGGCCAGUUUCACGAUCUAAUGGAGCUUUUUAAAAUCGGCGGAAACUCGCCAGAUACAAACUAUCUUUUUAUGGGCGACUAUGUCGAUCGUGGUUAUUAUUCUGUCGAGACCGUCACCCUUCUUGUUGCACUCAAGGUGCGUUAUCGCAACCGUGUUACUAUUCUUCGUGGUAAUCAUGAAUCUCGCCAAAUUACCCAAGUAUAUGGCUUUUAUGACGAAUGUCUCCGAAAAUAUGGCAACCCCAACGUCUGGAAAAUGUACACUGACUUAUUCGACUAUCUUCCGUUAACCGCACUGAUUGAGGACCAAAUUUUCUGUCUGCAUGGUGGUCUCUCGCCUUCCAUCGACACCCUCGAUCAUAUUCGAUCAUUGGAUCGUAUUCAAGAAGUUCCUCACGAAGGUCCCAUGUGUGAUCUUCUUUGGUCUGAUCCGGAUGACCGCUGUGGAUGGGGCAUCUCUCCUCGAGGUGCUGGUUAUACUUUUGGUCAAGACAUCUCAGAGGCAUUUAAUCAUAACAAUGGCCUCACUCUUAUAUCAAGAGCUCAUCAGCUUGUCAUGGAGGGAUAUAACUGGGCACAAGACAGAAAUGUAGUUACUAUUUUUAGUGCGCCAAACUACUGUUAUCGCUGUGGAAAUCAAGCCGCCAUCAUGGAAAUUGACGAACACCUUAAAUACACUUUCCUACAAUUUGAUCCUGCUCCACGUCGUGGCGAACCACAUGUCACCCGUCGCACGCCAGAUUAUUUCCUGUAGUCGCAGUGCUGAGUUUCAACUUUUACCACGCCUGAUCGCAUUCCUACUAUUUUGGCUUACAAAGUCGAUGUUUUGAUUCGCUAUGACCAGCUGGUUUAUUUUAAAUUUAGGCUUUAUUCAAAUCUAUAUUUGGGUUUUUUCACCGUUAUUCACUGCUCUUAAAUUGACUUUCAAAUAUAUCUGUGCAAGUGGUGAUCAAGUGCCCCAUUACAGCACGGAUCCCUUACUACAUCACUUCUUUGGUAAAUACAAUCACCGAGUUACAAUUAUACUGUCAAGGUUUAUACAAUUUGAUUAAAUUGGGGGUUUAUGCUUUU